AUGAUGGUGCCGAGAGAGAAAGGAGGUUCUCAACUUGAGUACAAUGACAAAGGAAUAGUCACCUUUGAAGUACACCAUGAAGAGAUAUAUGCUUAUGCAAAAGAGCUUGGGCAUCAUGAUCAAGUGGUUGUGACAAGGAUACAAAAUGUGACUUGGAGUGAGAGAGGUCCUAUCGCAAGAAACCUAACUGCUGAAUUUGAACAAUAUGGUUAUGGGGGUAUGUAUGAGGAGGAUGAAGAGGAUGAGGAGGAUGGCAUUGUUGUUGAUGAGGAGGAUGAGGUUGAUGAGGAGGAUGAGGGUGAUGAAGGUAUUGUUCCUGAGCCUAUACAUGUGGAGGAAACUGGUGAUGAAGGCACUAUUCCUAAUGGUACAAAUGUGGCUGAGGAUAGGCAUGAAGGAACUGUUCCUGAGGGUAUAAAUGUGGAUGAGGAAGAUGAUGAAGGUACUGUUCCGGAUGGUAUAAAUGUGGAGGAUGAGACUAUAUAUGAAGAGGGAGAGAAUGACAAAAGGGCUGAAAAUGAUAGUGAAGAUAGUGAAGACCCUGAAUUUUAUGAUAGUGCUUAUGACCAAAAUGAAGGAGAGAAAUCAGAUGAUAUGGCUAUAAGUGAUGUUAAUAGCUUGGAUAGUAGCUCAUGUGAUGAGGUUGAAUUGCCUAUGAGAAAAAAGGAAGAGGAAACUGCACAAGAAAGCAGUGAGAAACUACUCAGUGUUCAACAGAAGGAAGAUUAA